AAUGUUAAUUGUACUUAAUCUGAAAGUACCAGGUUUUUUGUUGCUGCUGGUGGUGGUAUAAAGGGAGUGAUCGUGGCUUUCCCUUCCCUUUGUGAGACCAUCGGUAGCUAGGAGGAGUCUCUGGAAAGCAGACAGGUAUUCUUGUGAAUUCCUGCUACAACUCCUUCCCAGAGGAGAGAAGAACAUGGGGAGAAUGCUUGUGUUAAUAUAGAGCAGUAAGUUCUAGCUACUCAAAGGUACUCUCAGGUAAACUAAAGUCCCACUCCGAGCAGCCCUGUCCCCAAAGGUGGAGAGCAAGAAGCUUCUCUUCUUGGACACAGGAAAGCACCGUGACAUAAAAUUUGCUCUGUGAGUAUCCUACUGACAAGAGGUGCUGUAUUUGAAUCAAUGAAAAUCAAAGAAAAUUCUAGCAGCUAGUGGUUAAAAUGCAUUCUGUCAGCAUUUGUGUAAGGUGGGGAAGCAAUUGUGCCUUUAAAGAACGCACCUCUUGAUUUUCAGGUGAAGAAAACCACCUUUUACUCCACUUAAAAAGGGGAAUCUGAUCUUUUUCUGGUACUAGACUGGUUCUUCUCCCUUGAGUGUGUAGAAGUUGGAGUUAAAUUUUUUAGCUGAAGGCACAUAAACUGACAGAUACUUGUUUUCAAAGAAUGAGAGGCCUAAAUAUUUUGAGACACAAAAAUUACUGAAUUGAAAAAACCCCCAAAAUUGAAAUGAAAAUUAAUUUUGUGUUAACAGUGCCCUUUGUAAUAAGAAAGUCCAAUACUUGCUACUAGUAAUUCUGAUCCUGCAAAUAAAAAAUAUAGCUAACUUUCAAGCUGUUUCCUAAAUUUUAGCUGAAAAACUGUAUUUAAGUCUAAAUGUCUUCCAAUGCUAUUAUUUCAAUUUCCUUUUGUUGGAUGACACCACACGUGAUAUUAAACAAGGGUUUUGAAUGUUGUUUUUCAGAUUGCCCUCAAUGUACUUGCUUAGUAAUUCAAAAGCAAAUCGUCCCAUCCCAAUAUUUUUGAGUCAGUUUUUUUGUGUUGGCACAACUAUAAUUUUAAAAGGGUGAUAAAGUCUUGUUAAGCCAAUAUCAUUCCAUGGGUAGCAAUAAUAUAUAAAUAAAAUUUUCAUAAAAUUAUAUUGAACAUGUGAGGUUCAAGUUAUAUUGAACAAACAAUUCUGAUCACCUGGUUGUACUACUUGUCCUCAUUGAAAUGAUGUUUUACACUUAGUUAAAAGUAAUCUUUGUCUGAUGCAUUCACCCACUUCUUUUGGUGCUUACAUUGAAAGAUGAGGUUGGCUUGAUCUUCCAAUGACAAAUACGGGGAGAGCAGAAAAUAGAGUUUGCUGGAGAAGGUAAAGGAAAGGCCCCAAAAUUAUAUUUAUGUACUCCAUAAGCAAUAUCAAAAUCCUCAUCUUUUCCCUCUGACUGAAAAAAGUUUUCAUUUUUAAAUUUGAGAUUUGGCCAGUUCAGAAUUAAGCAGCAAGAGUAAAAUACCUCCAUGCUAGUGGCUAAAUUUCCAUCUAUGGAAGAUAAAUAUUAUUCUGCUCGUGUUCUGAUAGUGAAAAGGAAGUGAAGCUAGUAGGUGGCUUUCUGACACACAGGUGAUUAAAAAUAAUAUUAAAAAAUCCAGAAUUCUACCAGAAGAUAGGUGAUGAUUCUGGCUGGGAUGUAGUCUCAAAAAAAAAAUACUUAAUACUUCCAAUGUGCAACUUGAAAAUAAUAGGAUAGUACUUUUAUAUUAGGAAAAAGAAGACCAGACUUACUGAAGAUACUCAAUAUUCUACUUGAUUUUGCUUUGUUUGCUGCUACACUUAGAUUGGAAUUGUAGGACCAUUUAGGUUGGAAAGGACCUCCAAGAUCAUUGACUCCAACCAUUAAGCCAGCACUGCCAAGUCCACCACUAAACCAUGUCCUUAAGUACCACAUUUAUAUAUCUUUUAGAUACCUUCUGGCUUGGUGACUCAACCACUUCCCCAGGGAGCCAUGCCAGUGCUUGACAGCCCUCUCAGUGAAGAAAUCUUUCCUAAUAUCCAGGCUAAACAUCCCCUGGUGCAACUUGAGGCUGCUUCCUCUUGUCCUAGUGCUUGUUGCCUGGGAGAAGAGACAGAUCCUCGCCUUGGUACAACUUGCUUUCAGGUUGUAGAGACUGAUAAGAUCGCUCCUGAGCCUCCUUUUCUCCAGACUGAACAACCCCAGUUCCCCCAGCUGUUUGUUCCUCAUAAGACUUGUGCUCCGGACCCUUCACCAGAUUCACUGCCCUUCUCUGGACACACUCAACACCUCAGUGUCCUUUGUGUUGUGAGGGGCCCAAAAAUGAACACAGAACUUGAGUAUUCUUCUACAUCUGUGACUGGUUUAGAUCCCUGGAAUUGUUGAGAGCAGUUAUUCACACUGGAAUCAAAAUAAAGGAAGGGAAUUGUAAUCCAAAAAGACUUCCAAGAUGUGUUUCUUCUCUGCUCUGUGUUCUGAGCAGUUAAGAUAUUUUUUAGUGCUUUGUCUGCAUUUCCAGGUGGGGAGCUCUGAAAUGCUUUUUGUCCUCCUACGGUAGAAAAUGUGCAUAAAUCAGAACAGGCCCUCUUGCUACUAACAAAUCAUGCAAGGGAAUCAACUGUAGUGUGAGUGUUUCAAUAAACAAAUUACUACCAGGUAAUUCCCAAAGUCUGUUAGCCCCAUGUUUGUUUAGCAACCCUAUUAAUUAUGUGAAUUUCUAUUUUUUUUUAGUGUAUUUUUUUUCAGUUUCAUAUGCUUGGUGAAAACCGGUACUAAGUGCAGAAGUAUUACUGGUAACAUUUUCAUCCCUGGAAGUUGUUGAUAUUUCUUUGGGUGUUGGUAACUUGUACAUGAUAUGGAAGAAACUAUGAGAUCUAAAGAAUGUACUUGAACAUGUGGAGUUCUGAAGGAAAUACUGAUGUGGGAGCCCUGUUUUCUGAAAUAAGUGAUUUACAAACUGUUUAUUUGCAAGGCAAUGCCUACCGUGAAGGCUGACAGGUCCAGCAGCCUUUUCAGGACCAACCAAUCAGUUGUGCAUAGCAGCUGGACACAUCUUACCCUGGUCCUGGUUUCACUCAAUCUGGUAUGAAGAGCAGGAAUGUGUCAAUGUGUAUCAGCAAUAGUGUGGUCAGCAGGACCAGGGCAGUGAUUGCCCCCCUUUACUUGGCACUGGUGAGGCCACACCUCAUGUACUGUGUUUAGUUUUGGGGUUUUUAAUUCAGGGAGGAUAUUAAGGUGUUGGAGUGUGUCCAGAGAAGAGCAAUGAAGAUGGUGAAGGUCUAGAGGGUAAGUCCUGAGAGAAGCAGCUGAAAGAGCUUCAGUUGUUUAGCCUGGAGAAAAGGAGGCUAGGGGGGGACCUUUUCUGAGAGGAGGCUGUAGCCAGAUGGGGGUCACUGAUCUCCCAGGCAACCAGCAACAGGAUGAGAGGAAAUGUCCUCAAGCAGAUAUGGCAGGGGAGGUUCAGGUUAGACAUCAGGUGAAAUUUCUUCAUAGAAAGGGUGAUUAGACUUUGGAACAGGCUGCCCAGGUUAUAGGUCCAACCUAUGACCAAACAGCACUAUGCCAACUACACCAGGGCAUUGAGUGCCACAUCCAGUCUUGCUUUGAACACCUCCAUCUGUGAGGUUAGUUUUGGCAUGUUUUGGUCCUUUCCACACCAUCUCACUUCCUCCUAGACAAUUUUCUUGUAGUCACUAAAUUUCCCAAUUUUCAUUUUUUUUUUCUUUCGGGAAGGAAAUGAAAUCUUGCAAAACAGAAAAGAAAGACUUACAAACACUCUGGAAAGGAUAUAUGAUCAAAGGAAAUGCAAUUGAAGAAAAAAAAAUGGGACAUUUUCUGACUACAAGCAAAUGGGCCGAGAUUAAUGAGAUGCAGUGUAAAGGACCAAAACAUGCAAAACUAACCUCACAGAUGUUGCAAAAGCAGGGGAAAAAUCAAGGAGGAAGACACAACUUUUAGGGGAAGAUAUGAGAGACAUUGCAUAGAUGCUUUAUUUAAAAAAAAAAUCUUCGCCAAAGUGAAAGCCAUUAAAAGGCAUGGCAUGCCAUCAAGUGCAGGGACAUGGACCAAAGCUUGCCCAAUUGAUCCCCAAUGAAAUUGCAAGAUUUCUUUUCCUUUUCCUAAAGAGGUUGUUCAAGAAAACACCUUCUAUAUGUUGGACACGUGAUUUCACGUGUCUUUCCCAACCUAGCUAAUUCUGUUAUUCUGUAUGAAAUUACUGAAGCCUCCUUUCUAAACCCAAUUCAUCCUAUCCCUUUCCAGCCCUAAAAGCUUCCAAAAAAGGUCACAGAUGACUUUUUUUUUAAUCUUUUCCCUUUGAAUAACAGUCAGGAUAUAUGCAAAUUUUUCUUUUCAGACUUUUACUACAUGCUAUUUUCUUACUGGUGACCCUCUCCCUUUCUCAAGUUUUUGGCUUUGUCCACAUUAUUAUUCAUUAGUCCCUAUCUGUUCUUAAUUAUGAAGUACAAAGUUCAUAGUCAUUUUUUAAAGUUAUUUUUAAAAUUAAAUUAUCCCACAACCUUAAUUUUUUCAUGCAAAUAUAAAAAUUUUUGAUGAGAAAAUUAUCCCUUUUUGGCACUUCAAAGAGAAAUCUUUAAAGCUGUGAGGUACUUCACGCUGUUAACCACACUCUGUAGAAUUAAAAGCUAGCUAAUUUUACUGGGCCUUGCUUUAUUACAUACCAUAUUGGUAAAGAUGAAGAAAAUCUGUAAAUUUUUGCGUGGAACCAUGAGGGCUUGAUUUAGGUGAUGGAAACUUUGUGAAAGUCUCUUUGUGCUGUAAAAAUUAAGAGCAGACAUGAGUUAUUACAACUGCUCAAUAUAAUUGGGUGGAAGCUUGGUAAACUGCUGUAAUUCGGUCGCUCUGGAGUUCUGUGGCCAUACCACAGAUUUCUUCAUGUCUCAUACCAUGGAUUUCUUCAUUCCCCAGGGUACAGCACAGCCUGCUGCAGCCUGCAUGAGAAAUGGGACAAGUGUGCUUAGCUGUGAGUUGGAUCCUCUAUAAUAAGAUUAUCCCAGAGCUACACAGACCUCAGCUAGCAGCUAUUUUAAGCAGGGAGUAGCAGAGAACAAGAGCAAACAGCCGCAAAAUAUGUCCAGCUGUCUCCCUUUCUAGAAUUCCAGGGUGGAAAGUGCUGCCAUGGUGUGCAUACUGUGAGCGUCAGUGCUCUUUCCACUCUGCCCAUGAGUGCAUCAGCCACCCAACGCAUUGAGCAGCAAUGCUGGACCAGAUCUAACCACAGAGGGAUCCAUGUUCAGCUGGGAAAUCUUGAAUAUCAGUGGGGUACAGUCAUUGUCACCUCCUGCCCGCUUCAUUCUGACCUGGGACUUGUGCUAAACCUGUUGGACUGAUGAAAGACUCAGCAGAGAGCCUGGCUUGGCUUUUCACAGAUUAAACUCCUUCACGCCUCUGGUCAUGGCUUUGUGGCUGAAAGGAAUAUUUUUUUGGCUGUACGUGCAAAAGUUUUAUGCCAUCGGAUACUGAGCAAAAAAAGUAACUAUGUUUGGACUCCUUUUUUUCAUUUUAUUCACCCCUGGAGUCAGUGAAUUCAUUUGUUCAUCAUCAGAUCUUGAAAUGUCAUACACUUUUUGUGAUUCUACAGCUCAUGCUUUCAAGUUUAAUCUGACACCUUGCAGCACGACAAACAAACCUGUCUGGAAGGCUGCUCUUACCUGGAUUCCAAGAAGUGACAUCCACUUUUUGAAGAUUGUCUUCAAUGUCUGGUAUGAUGGUGCCAAAGCAUUCCUCUGGAAAGAACUCCUCUGCAGCGGAGCUGACGAUGAAUACUCAGUGUGCGGAACGCUGAAAGGAGAAACACUUGACUCAGCAUUUGACAUUAAAGGCUCAAAAAUAUCAUUUCCAAAGGGCAAUUAUAGUAUUGUUUUGCAAGGAUUCUCUGAUGAUUCUGAGAAUAAUAUGCUCAUAUGCUUGAAUUUCACCAUGAUAGUAAAAUAAGAUGCUUUUUGAGUGCAACAAACUUCUCAAAUAAUUCCAGAAUAUGGAGGUCACUUCUGUGAGCAACUGGAAUCCAAGCUGUGAAGUAAUAUGCAGACUGAAUUUCCUGAGGCAGAAUACAUCAUGUACUGUCUGGGAAGCUAUAAGAUAUAGUCUUUCUCAUUUGUAGCACAGCCAUAAUCAGUUGCUCAGCCAAUGUGCCCAAAAUUUCUGGGAAUCAGGCAUCCUGAUUAAUCCAUGGAAUUACCCUGACUGGAUGUCAGGCUGGUCCUGCAUUUUGGUGCUGUGCCUUGAGUUACAAUAAAGUUGAGUACUUCAGGCUGAGCUAAAGUAAUCAAGUUUUGAAGUUUUGAAGUGCCAGAAUCAGAAGUUCAUCAGUAUUCAAUUUAAAAUAACACAGCAAUUGAAUUUGGGAACCCUGCUGUGAAGUGGUGGGGGGUGGUUUUUUGUUUGUUUGGGUUUUUUUCUUUUCUUGUAACAAUAAAACUUGUUAGUACAAUCAA